GACAUUCCACCGAGUUGUGUUUUUUUUUAAUGAUGAUUUAAUUUGCAUUUACUGUAAAUAUUUGUGGAGGUUUAACUAAUUUGGCUACGUGUUUUUAGAAAAGAUCUUAUUUUCAGAGCUUGACGAGGAGAAUGAUGUGUUAGAGGAAUGUAAGCAGCAGCUUCUCGCGGUGUUUGAGCUGAAAAUAAAAAUAAACUGUUUCAUGUUUAUUACAAUAGUCAUGUACUGAAGGAGGGCAACAAGAAACCGAGAUUUAUUCUGUAUUGAUUCUGUUCUCAUUUUAAAAGACACAGUAAAGGUCAGUAGAAAUAGUAACACACACACACACACACACACACACACACACAUACCCCUAUGUAAGUAUACAGUGUGUUUCCGGUAUCGCGCGCCCUCAGUGCGCAGGUGCGCCACAGUGCGGAUUAAGGGGAUAACCGGGAACAGAGGCGCGCGUGCACGAGCAGGAGCGAGUGAGUGAGCGAGUUAGCGCGCGAGCGGUGAUAGCAGCAGCAGCAGCACGCGCCGGUCUAUCCCGGAGGGCGCGAGGAUGGAGGUCCGACCUGACCGGUUUAAAGUGGAAGCGGCCAAAGUGCUCGCGAGGAUCCACCGGGUGUUAGAGAAGCGUCAGGAGGAGGAUGGAGGGAUUGAGCUGUGUGAUGGAGGAGUGCAGGUGGAGGAGAAGGUGGAGCCCAUGAUAGACUGUACGUGUUUUGGUUUGCCUCGUCGUUACAUCAUGGCCAUCCUGUGCGGUUUGGGCUUCUGCAUCUCCUUCGGCAUACGCUGCAACCUGGGAGUGGCCGUAGUAAGCAUGGUGAACGACCACACUACCUACAGCGGGAAUAAGGCCAUCAGCAUGAGAGCUCAGUUCCUGUGGGAUCCAGAGAUUGUAGGUUUGAUUCAUGGCUCGUUUUUUUGGGGUUACAUUGUCACUCAGAUUCCUGGAGGAUUCAUCUGCCAGAAAUUUGCAGCCAACAGAGUGUUUGGUUUUGCGAUUGUUGCCACGUCAACGUUGAACAUGCUGAUUCCGUCAGCAGCUCGUAUUCAUUACGGGUGUGUGAUAGUAGUGCGAGUGCUGCAGGGACUGGUGGAGGGUGUGUCUUACCCAGCAUGCCAUGGGAUCUGGGCUAAAUGGGCUCCGCCUCUUGAGAGAAGCAGAUUGGCUACAACAGCAUUCUGUGGUUCUUAUGCUGGAGCUGUGAUUGCAAUGCCACUUGCAGGAGUGUUAGUACAGUACUCUGGCUGGGCUUCUGUCUUUUAUGUUUACGGUAGUUUUGGGAUCUGCUGGUACUUGUUCUGGAUUCUAGUGUCAUAUGAGAGUCCAGCUGCUCAUCCCACCAUCACACCAGAAGAGAGGAAAUACAUUGAGGAGGCCAUCGGAGAGUCUGCAACAUUCCUAAACCCACUGACGAAGUUCAACACUCCCUGGAGGAAGUUUUUCACCUCCAUGCCUGUUUACGCCAUCAUCGUUGCAAAUUUCUGCCGCAGCUGGACUUUCUACCUGCUGCUUAUCAGCCAGCCGGCUUAUGUCAAGGAGGUGUUUGGCUUUGAGAUAAGCAAGGUUGGUAUCCUCUCGGCUCUGCCUCACCUGGUCAUGACGAUUGUUGUUCCUAUCGGUGGUCAGUUGGCUGAUUAUUUACGCUCUAACCACAUUAUGACCACCACCAACGUACGCAAGCUCAUGAACUGCGGAGGGUUUGGACUGGAGGCUACAUUCCUGUUGGUUGUUGGUUUUUCUCACUCUAAAGGAGUAGCCAUCUCUUUCCUUGUCCUUGCUGUGGGCUUCAGUGGCUUCGCCAUCUCAGGGUUCAAUGUGAAUCAUUUGGACAUUGCCCCUCGUUACGCCAGCAUCCUGAUGGGCAUCUCUAAUGGAGUGGGCACUUUAUCAGGCAUGGUGUGUCCUCUCAUUGUGGGAGCCAUGACUAAACACAAGACACGAGAGGAGUGGCAGUAUGUGUUUCUCAUUGCUUCCUUGGUUCAUUAUGGUGGUGUUAUCUUCUAUGGUAUUUUUGCAUCUGGAGAGAAGCAGGAUUGGGCCGAGCCAGAGAACACCAGCGAGGAGAAGUGUGGAAUUCUGGGAGAAGAUGAGCUAGCCAAUGAGACAGAGGAGCUGUACAGAACAGGGGGAGGGGCCUACGGGGCCACUGGCCACUCACAGGGCCACAAGGGGGCAGAUCUUGGAGGGGGUGGAGCCACCUGGGCCUCUGAGUGGAACAAAACGGAGGAAUAUGUUCAGCCGGAUGGAGCGAACAGCUACCUGUAUGGAGGAGAGGAAGAGAGGAAGCUCACAUAGAGAAAGAGAGACUGAGAGAGAGAGAGAGAGAGAGAGAGAGAGAGAGAGAGAGAGAGAAAGGCAGAGAAAUAGAAAGAUAUAUCUACAGUAUGAUUACAUUUUCUUCUGAGGAGAAACAUUGGGUUUAUGCAACACAACUGAAGGAAAAUGAAAAUAGCAAAGCAAUGAGGUGUGUGUGUGUGUAAUAUUGUAAUAAUUGUAAUUGUAAUAAAUUACAUGUAUGAUAAUUGGCUCAACAAAAUAUACCUUUUAUCUACAAAAUAUGACAAUAUAUACCUUUUUUCGUUGUUAAGAUAAUAUGUAAACAAUAGCUAAUGAGUUUCUUUUCUUUCAGAUAUAUGUUACAUAUGUAUGUUUGUUCACUCAUAUAUAUGAUCUUUAAAGUAAAAAUUAUAUUUACAUGUUUCCAAUAUUUAAGAAUAAAAUGAUGGAAACAAGCUCAUGGAUUCUUGUAUAGUAAUUAAGAAAGAACCAGUUUAACGCUAAUGCAGUUUAGCUAACUUGUCAGGUUUUAACAUUAGUGACAGACAGGACACAAGUGUGUGUGUGUGUGUGUGUGUGUGUGUGUGUGUGUUCGGCAUGUAGUCUGUGGUCCAGCUUUAUUUC